AUGGCUACCGCUGGUUUGGGGUCUGUGAAUCUGGAUGAGUGUGUAGUGAUUUCGGGAAUAUCCGGUCGUUUCCCGCAGUCGGACAAUUUGCAUGAAUUUGCGGACGGUCUCUACCGGAAGGUGGAUCUAGUGGAUGAUAAGGAAACACGCUGGAAACAUACCAUGCCGGAGGUACCCCGGCGUACGGGGAAGAUCAACAAUUUGGAUAAAUUCGAUCGGGAGUUUUUCGGCUGUGAUCGUAGCCUAUGCAAUACGAUGGAUUCUCAGCUACGUAUGCUGCUUGAGCAUACGUACGAAGCGAUAGUAGAUGCUGGCGUUAAUCCGGAAACACUUCGGGGUUCGCGUACGGGUGUCUUUACCGGUGUGUGUUUUUCCGAAACGGAAGCCAGAAUGUUUUUCCAGACGUGCCCUCCUAAGGGCCUCGCUUUGACGGGGUGUGCCAAAUCGCAGUUGGCGAAUCGAAUUUCCUACAUGUAUGAUUUUCGUGGUCCGUCGUUUAUUGUGGACACCGCCUGCAGCAGUUCGAUGUACGCUCUGGACGUCGCCCGUCGGAGUAUUCUCAGUGGUGAAUGUGAUGCGGCUAUUGUAGCGGGAAGUAACCUAUGUAUGCAUCCGUAUAUUUCGUAUCAAUUCGCGCUGCUCGGAGUGCUUGCCAAGGACGGUGUGUGUCGUCCAUUCGAUGUGGAUGCUUGCGGAUAUACACGUUCGGAGGUCGUGUGCGCAGCAUUUCUGCAGAAAACUAAAGACGCAAAUCGCAUCUACGCACAUAUUUUACACUCCAAAACGAACUGUGAUGGGUUCAAAUCGGAAGGAAUAACCUAUCCUUCCGGCGUGAUGCAGAAGCAGUUGCUAGAUGAGUUCUAUCAAGAACUGUCGAUCGAUCCAGCGAGCAUAGGCUAUGUGGAAGCGCAUAGUACGGGAACUGUUGUGGGUGAUCCGGAAGAGUGCGAUGCAAUUGAUAAGAUUUUCUGUACAAAUCGCACCCGUCCAUUGCUGGUAGGGUCGGUCAAAUCUAAUAUCGGGCAUUCGGAAGCUUCAGCUGGACUGGCGUCGAUCGCCAAAUGUGUAAUCGCUUUGGAAAACAAACUGAUUCCACCGAAUAUACACCUAUCGACACCCCGCACGGAUGUACCAUCGUUAUCGACAGGGCGUCUGCAGGUGGUGCGUGAUCCACAGCCUUUGGACGGUCCGUUGAUAGCGAUUAACUCGUUCGGUUUCGGAGGAGCCAAUGCCCACACUGUUGUGCGAAGUAAUUCUAAGGAGAAACUGAAUUAUGGAAUACCAGAAGACGAUUUACCGCGUUUAGUCGUCUGGUCUGGUAGAACUCUAGAAGCUGUCGAUGUUAUGUUGCAAUACAUUACAGAACGUCCGCUAGAUGGCGAGUUCAUUGCGCUACUGCAUAAUAUUCAAAGUAAAGCUAUUCCCGAACACCGGUAUCGUGGUUUCGGGAUAAUUCGUAAACGAGGAACCGACCUAGCAAGUUACGAGAUUACCAGAAUUUCCCGUGUAAAGUUGGAUUCCUCGCCACUGGUUGUGGUAUUCCCUGGAGUGAACGUACGUUGGCGAGAAGAUCUGUUGGCGUUCAGUCAAUUCCCACUGGUGCAAGCCACGGUCGAUAAAUGCAAAGCAGUAUUGGAAACCUUUGGUUACGAUCUCUUUCAACGACCAACAAAAACCUUGGAUUUACAACAAUUGAUUGUGGGGUCCACGGUUCUACAAAUAGCAUACGUUGAUUUAAUGACUGCGAUCGGAGUCCAGUUUAGCAGCUACGGGGGGCACUCGGUUGGUCAGUUCACUUGUGCCUACUUGGAUAAAUGUUUGACACUUGAUCAAGCUGUAAGCUUAGCUCACAGCCAUGGCGCCAUCUUUGCUGAAUACAACACGGAGAUAAACUACAACGCCUUUCUGGAGCUGGGUGCCAAGCGACCGGCACCGCCUCUUUCCUUCGAUGCAUUUAUUCACGAUCAGAUCCAUUCUAGGUUCGGCGUUGUUGGUGGUCCACUGAAUCCGACUUGUGCAGUCGUCGAUCAACUGAAGGCGCGAGGAUACGUUGCCGAGCAUCUUCCGUUUAUUAGUUUCCUUUAUGCUAAAGACUACGCAGAUGAGAUAUCGGAGAAACUAAAAAAAGCCCUUUGGAACAUUGUGAAGCAACCCAUGACUCCGUCUCAACGAUGGUUGACCGCUAGAGGAUCUUCGACCUUUGCUUUCACAUUGCCGCACGAUUCUAUAACAAUCGUAAGUUUGUUGGAGAAAAUUCCCGAACGCUGCCAGUUGCUAGAAGCAUUCGCCAAACAAUCUAUGCAGCCCAUUUUGCGUAGUUUGAAACGAAAAUCGGCCUGUAUUCCGAUCGAGCAGGAAAUGGAUGAUUUUGUGACGAGAUUUCUGUCAAUUCUGGGACAUAUAUACCUGUCGAAGCAGGAUCUAGCUUGGCUCCGUUUGUAUCCGGAGGUGAAAUUUCCCGUUGGUCGGUCCACUCCCAUGAUAGCUCCGCUGAUCCGGUGGGACCACCGGGACUCGUGGUGCGUUGUACGCUACGAUUGGUCUAGCGUGCGCGCCUCAAACGUUAUGCACUACAAGGUCUCGCUGUCCGAUCAAGACUUCGUGUACGCGGCGGGUCACUGCAUCGACGGGCGGAUACUCUUUCCGGCGACCGGUUAUCUGGGUUUGAUUUGGGAUUUGCUGACCUACCUGGGUCAACGGGAGAUUACUGAUUGUCCUGUACAGUUCGACGAGGUGAAGUUUCUGCGAGCCACUCCGGUGGCCAAGCGUCAAGCGACGGAGCUGACAGUCAUGCUGCAGGAAGCUACCGGACGGUUCGAGAUCAUGGAUGGCGACGUCGCCGUGGUUACCGGCUUCGCCCGACAGCUGCCCGAUAAACACCAGGACUUUUCAACCAAGGAAGCUCCCUCUUCGGCAACCGUCCUGAAGACACGUGAUUUCUACAAGGAGUUGCGUCUCCGCGGUUACCACUACAGCGAUCUGUUCAAGUCGAUUCUGGAAGCUCGCAGCGAUGGUUCGGCAGCGAAAAUUCAAUGGAAAGGAAACUGGCUGACUUUUAUGGAUUGCAUGCUGCAGGUAGCGAUUAUUGCCGCCGACACGCGAACGCUGAUGGUGCCGACUGCGAUCGAGAGUAUUACGCUUUACCCCAAGUUCCACCUUUCGACCAUGUUGCGAAACGAAGAGGAACAGGACUAUUUUGUUGCUACAAUCUGUACCAAAACUAAUGUGGUGACGAGCGGUGGAAUUCGAAUUUCCGGACUUCGGGCGAAUGUUGUCGGUAGGCGGAAUCCUCCAGGUGUUUCAGUGCUGGAAACUUACCGCUUCGUCCCCUAUGUGUUGACGGAGAAAAUUUCCACAUUGGAAGCUGUUCGAAUAAUUGUUCAGCUAUCGAUUGAGAAUGCUCCAAGCCUCUCUGUACAUGCAACGGAAGUCUUCAAAGAGGGAAGGGACUCUCUACUGACCCUGUUUGCGGAAGCCAUGGCUGAUCUUCCACUAAUUCAACCAACGCUGUCUCUACUAAGUCCGGUUGAAACGGAAAUUCCUAACGUGACAGUGAAAAAUGAAAAACUAAUCAACCAAACGAAUCAACAGUUCCUAAUCAUCCACAACAUACUUGAUGAUCCGGAGCUUUUGCGACAUGCUCUGGCUAGUUUAUCCCUCACUGGAUACCUCGUGAUUUGGGACAACAUUCAACCCAUCAACGUUCCUGCCCAGCUGAAUCAGAUCGCCAGCUUUGUAACCGACGAUGAUCGCACGAUUCUGCUUCUCCAACCGAAAUCGAACAUAGGAAAGGAAGCGCCGGCAGUUAUUCGAGUACAGUCACAAGACAAGGCUUUUGAUUGGCUGCAGGAGCUUAAAAGUGCCAUCAAAGUUCGAUCGGUCCUGCUGUAUGCACAAAACGAUCCAACAUCCGGCAUUCUAGGUUUGGUAAAUUGUAUCAACAAAGAGCCCAAAUCGAACAACAUCCGUUGUGUUUUCAUCGACGACCCGAAAGCACCAACCUUCGCGCUGAGCGAUCCCUUCUACAAGCACCAGCUCAGUCUAGAUCUGGCGAUCAAUGUUUACCGUAAUGGAUGCUGGGGUAGCUAUCGACAUGCCCUCAUCGAUCAAAGCCGAAUUACCGAGUCGGUAGGAAAUCAUUGCUAUGCCGAUUGCUUGACUCGUGGUGACUUAUCGUCACUGAGCUGGUUCACCGGUGCCAUGAACAUCUGCCCUCUUAAGGGGGAACUGAUCCGAGUGGUGUAUAGUGCCCUGAAUUUCCGAGAUGUGAUGCUUGCGACGGGUCGCCUUUCGGCUGAUGCUUUUCAAGUUGACCGGCUGGAGCAGGAAUGCCUGCUUGGUAACGAAUACUCGGGGGUUUCCGUUCGCGGUAGGCGGGUUAUGGGUGUUUUGCCCAGCGGUGCGAUGUCCACCCUGGUCGAAUGUGAUCCCAUGAUGACGUGGACCAUUCCUGAUCACUGGAGUCUGGAGGAUGCUGCAACGGUUCCGGUUGUGUAUGGAACCGUCUACACGGCGCUGUUUAUUUGUAGUCACAUAAGGAAGGGCAGAUCAAUAUUGAUUCAUGCCGGCAGUGGAGGCGUUGGACUGGCGGCUAUUCAAGUCUGUUUGGCUUAUGGGCUGGAGGUGUUUACGACGGUGAGUACGGAGGAAAAGCGGAACUUCCUGCUUGAGCGAUAUCCCCAGCUGGAGCCGGAGAAUAUUGGGAACUCCAGGGACACGUCUUUCGAAGGAAUGGUGAAACAUCGGACCAACGGUCGGGGAGUGGAUUAUGUGCUGAAUUCGUUGGCGGAUGAAAAAUUGCAAGCAUCCUUCAGAUGCUUGGCUAAAAAUGGACACUUUCUGGAAAUCGGGAAAUACGACAUGGCAAAUGAUUCCCAACUUGCCAUGCGACUUUUCCAACGAGGUUUGACAUUCACUGCAGUUAUGCUGGAUGCCAUGUUCAAAGGAACCGACUCGGAGAAACAGAGACUGCAUGACCUGUUGACAGCUGACAUCAACAGUGGAGUGAUAAGACCGUUAAACACAACCGUCUACCAAGCGGUGGAAAUCGAAAAAGCCUUCCGCUAUCUGGCCGGCGGAAAACACAUCGGUAAGAUCCUGCUUCAAGUUCGAGAAAACGAAACCGACGAGCGGACUGUUCCGAUUUCUUAUGCACCAAGGCUUUACUGUGAUCCGGCAUGCUCGUACGUGAUUGCUGGCGGUUUGGGAGGCUUCGGUCUUGAGCUUGCCGAUUGGUUGGUACUUCGUGGCUGUCGUAAGCUAGUGUUCAGCUCUAGUCGUGGCAUAACGAAACCCUACCAGGAGUACAGAAUUCGAGUGUGGAACAAGUAUGGAGUACAAACCCUUGUCAAUACUGCCGACAUCAGCACGUUGGAGGGUUGUCGGGAGUUACUUCGGCUAGCAGCCGAAAUGGGUCCGGUGGCGGCCAUAUUCAAUCUGGCCGUCCAGCUGCGUGAUUGUCUGUUGGAAAACCAAACGGUGGAGAAGUUUGUCGAAUGUUUAGCCCCGAAAGCAGUCGCUACGCAGCACUUGGACGAACUGAGCCGUCAAAUCUGUCCAAAGUUGAAGCACUUUGUGGUCUUUUCGAGCGUUUCCUGUGGACGAGGUAAUGCGGGUCAGUGUAACUACGGGAUGGCGAAUUCCAUCAUGGAACGAAUAGUGGAGCAACGGUGUGCCGAUGGGCUGCCCGGUAAGGCUAUUCAGUGGGGUGCCAUUGGAGAGGUUGGAAUCGUUGCCGAAAUGGCGGCGGAUAGACUGGAUAUGGAAAUUGGAGGAACCCUGCAGCAACGGAUAGCCUCUUGCCUGCAGGAGCUGGAUCGAUUGUUGGACAACAAAGCGCCCAUUGUGGGCAGUAUGGUAGUGGCGGAGAAAAGAAUCGGUGGAGGUGCACGAAAUCUGCUCGAAGCCGUCAUGAAUAUUAUGAGUAUUCGAGACUUAAAAUCUGUCUCCAUGGAAAGUACGUUGGCUGAUAUUGGAAUGGAUUCACUGAUGGCCGUGGAAAUCAAACAAGUCUUGGAGAGAGACUUCGACCUGGUUCUGUCGCCUCAAGAGUUGCGCACUUUGACGUUUAUGAAGCUGCAAAAACUGGCUGAUGAAAGAAAGCUACAAAACGAAGCUGCCGAAAAGGGUGGUGAAACCAGAGUGUUCAUCGGUAUUGAGAUGCUGCUUAGAAAUCUGGGCGAUGAAGAGUUCAGUUCGGAAACUGUGUUCCAGUUACCUUCCCAAUGCACGGAAGGACGACCAGUUUUGAUUAUCCCGGGACUGGAAGGAGUUGCCGGAAAUGUUUGGCGCACGGUUGCAUCCGGGUUGAAUGCUCCGGUAUUCAUUUUGCAGACGCUCAAUACAGCUGAGUUAAACGGCAUCGCGGCAAUUGUUGACCAAGUUAUGGGAGAACUUGAAGAGAAAAUUUUCAAUGGAUUCAACGACUAUCUGAUCAUAGCUUAUUCAUUUGGAUCGUUUAUUGCAUUCGAAAUUGCCAAACGAUUGCAACAGAAACGGCUUCCUGGUAGAUUGAUACUGAUUGACGGUGCGCCAAAGUUCCUAACGAGGAUGUCGGUGUUGGUACUAGGGGAAAAUCCUCCGGAUGAGCUGAUCCAAAAGAGCCUAAUGGCGGGCAUAGUUAGCAGCGUUGCUUCGAAUCUACAAGCGGAAAGUUUGCAAUCCAUCUUGGAAGUUCCAACCUUUCAGGGGCAGAUCGAGAAAAUGAUUGAAAUUGGAAAAGAUUCCUCCAUUUAUUCACCCGAAUACACUCGCAAAAUGACAACACUACUGUUCAACCGCCUCAAGAUGGUGUACACAAUGAAUUGGGAGCAAGAGGAGGAGGAAAAACUGAAUGUACCGAUUGUUUUGAUACGUGCCUCGUUGGCUUCAACGGUGGAUAUCGAGGAAGACUACGGACUGGAAAGUUGCACAACCGAGCCGGUCACGCUGAAGGCAGUCGAAGGGAGUCACAUGACGAUGCUGGAGAAUCAGACCCUAGUGGAGAUCAUAAACAGCGAAAUUGACGAAUUACAAUAG